GUCACAUUUACAGGAGAAGGGAAAUGGCCGCCAGUGCCAAGAUAUUUGACCUACUUUUAGACUCUCUGGAGGAGAAGUGAGGCACAAGGGCGCUGCAGAGGAGAGAGGCAACAGGUCUAGAGCAGAAGAGCAGAGACUACAACGGGGAUUUUUAGCUUCAUGUUAACAGGGUAAGAAACAGUUUUUGGUCAUUAUUAACGCUUUUAUUAACAUGCAUUGCGUAAAACUGCAUUAAGUGCGCCAAAAACUCUUUUUGUCCGCAUGCAUUUUCCACACUUUCACGCACCAUUCUGCAGAAUGCGGUUGCUGUUGUCCGUGUUGCGUUUACUGCCUUAAGACUUAAUGGUUAGAUUGUUUACCUUCUGGCUCCACUCCAACAAUGACUGUUUUGAUGGAACCACGUGACCUAACUCCUAUAGUAGUCCUCCCUCCCCCGUCUCUCCUAAGUCCUUAACAAACAAGUAGCUGCUGAUAAGACGACGAGAAAAGUCCACAGUGGGUAGUGUCUGUUGAAAGUGUUUCAACGUGACAGUGUUUGUUUCCACGCGACUGUCAGCAGUAACCUCAGCUCGUGUGGCUGGAGAAGUUUGGUUUGCGGAGUUUGCGGACGAACAGCCGCCUCGUAAAAGUGAACUUUUUAAGACCUUUUGACAGACGGACGCUGAUGGUGAGGAACAAACAGCUCUUACUUGGUUUGUCAUGUCAUGAAAUUGCUAAGCAGCCUAUUGCGUUUGUAUUUAUUUUCUGUGUUUUCAGCCGCUAGUUUGGUUGUAUAAUAGAUUUGUUUUCGGUGAAGUUAAGAUACAGCUUGAAAACUUUUCACCGCAUUGUUUGCCCUCAACACGCAUGUUAAACUUUGUCACCACUUAAGAUGUCGUGAAUGCUGUUUUGCCUUAAAUAUUUACUCAAUAAUUCCUCCUGAGUGUGUGUCCUGUGUAAUAUUAAGUGCGUAGUGAUUUGACAUGAUGCGCCCGUUUGUGUGUCGCAUCUCAUUGACCCACAUCCGCGCCUCUGAAGCGGAUUUUCACUGCGUCACAAAGUUUCUCUCCUAAACUUUGGCUGUUUUUCGUGUCUUUAAGUCAAACUUUUGCGUGUGCUUUGGUUACUUUUACAUUGCUGAGAGUUCCUGGUGCCAAUAAAGUUAGUGGUUGUCUGUUUGCAGUCGUGUUUUAAGAGAAAAGGUGUUUUUUUAUGAAGGGGUUCCUCGAUGUUUUUCUGCUAGUGGGGAAAGGAAACCUGAUCUGCAUACCGCGCCCACUUCAUUUUCGACGCAAACAACUUUCGCUUGAUUCAAGCGGGAUAAAUGAAGGCAAUUAAAGUUGUGAGUUCAGUCUUUUAGGAUUUUUUCCGCCUAAAAAGGAGGAAACAAUUUGAUUAAUAAAGUUGUGCGGGUUCAAUCUGUCAUUGAAAGUAAUUGGAGUUAAGUGCACUUAAGGAAAUGUUCACAUUGAAGCCUGCUGUGGUUGUGAACACAUGGUUUUGAACGUAGUACAAGGACAUGGUAAAAUUAUAGGCUACUUGACCAGAGUAAUUCUUCAUCUUUGCUCGUUUUUAUCACUUUAAGUGUCAAACAAUUGCACAACCCCCUCCCCAUUGCCCCCUCUUCCCUUCAUGGCUAUUUUUGACUGUGACUUCUGUCUUUAGGCUCAUUUUGAGGCAUAUGGAAAAUUGUCAAAUGUCAUCACAUCUCCACUUUUCUUAUACUAUUUCCCCCCACAUUUUUUAUACAAAUCCACUCAUGCAUCCAACCUCUACUAAAGAAACUUCUUUCUAGGUGCUUCAGAUGUUUUUGUAUUAUAUGUGACAUUAUAACCUCAAUGGGACCCUAUUGAAAGCAAUUUUGACUUUUUUGGCAGAGCCACAUUAACCCUUAGUGGGACUCCCGCGUAUUUCACUACACCAUGCCCCACCCCUACUUGACCUAAAAUUUUCAGUUGAUAAUUGGACUACAAACCAUUUUUGAAGUGAAUGCACAGUUUUAGUCCAAAUAUUGAAUUAAUAUUUACCCUUUUAGACACAAGGUCUAAUGGUCAAAAUGCUGGUGAGGGCCAAUGCAGAUUGAAUAACUUGGUCAUUUGAUGAUUUUUUUUUAUAACGAUGCAAUUUGUUGUUCAUGUCAGUGUAAAAAACCCCAGAAUGAAGUCAGAUUAAACCGAAGAAUUAAGGAUCAGAGAACCUCGACAUUCUAGACCUUGUCCAGUAUUAUUAUCAAUAGCUAACCACACGAUCUUUCAGCUGUCGUACCAAUCAACUUUCACGGCCACUGAGCAGAAAGUGUUUGUGGGAGCCGAAUGAGACUUCAAGAGUCAGCAGGGUGUGGUUAUUAUCCACCCGCAUGCCAAAUUUAACACCUCUAAAUGAACAGAAUGUGCAGUUUAGAGCUGAAAUCAGAUAGAGCUGAAAUAGAUUGCCAAAAUUCAACAGCGCUGCUCUAAUUAAACAUGGCACAUAGCAGCUGGGUGGUGUGAUAAUCAUUUCUAUUCUCUACGUGACCUUCUAACCUUAUCUGGUGACCUUUGACAGACAGACACCAGAGCAGGUGGAGACUCACUUUCCCUUUGACAUGACGGGGUGUGUGUGAAUUUUGUUGGAGAUUUAUUUGGUCCUGGUUCAGUUACCUGGUUCUGCAGUAAUUAUUCAGCGGGUAAGGGCACAUGUGUGUUCCAUCACAUAAAGAACAGAGGCCCCAAGAGGGCAGAUACUGCUAGUAGAUGUUGGGUCUUUGAGCUCUUAAUAGCUUGUAUGUUCGUAUGUAAUCCAUGCCCAUAAAAUCCAGAUCACACCUCAUUGAAACUCUGCAAGCCUAACAGAGCCAGAUCAGCCUCUGGCCUUCUUCUAACACUGUGUUUGUUCUCCACCAGGGACGGAGAAAUGGCUUCUCCAUCAACAUCAACAGCAGGACAAGCUCCAGAAUCUAACAUGGAGCUCUCACACCUGGGAGGCAUUGAUGCUUUGAACCUGAAGGUGGGGCCUGUGCGGAGGAACCUUUUUGGGCCUGUGGACCACCAGCAGCUGCAAAAGGACUUCCAGAGGCUCCUUUGCAUGAGUGUAGAGGUAGCCAACAAGCGCUGGAACUUUGAUUUCCAGAGUGAAAUGCCAGGAAAGGGAUCCAGUAUGGAGUGGGAGGAGCUACGGUGCCAGGAUGUGCCGGCGUUUUAUCGCAGCUGUACGGUUAAACCAGUAGGGCAUCCGAUCGGCAAAAGACGGAUGUCCUCUUCAUCACGGGAGGGAUCCUCAGAGUCUAGCAGCUCUUCGGGGUCUGGAGAUGAGUACUUGGAGGUGACCACCAGAGGGUGCUAUAGGAUCAAAUUACAUGGAAAACGCAGACAGUCCUCCAUCACAGGUUGGUUGAGCAGACAUCAUGAUUGAAGGUGUAAAAAGACACCAUCUAAAUAUUUGUUGAGUGAAUAUUUAAGUUUCAGAUUUCUAAAACAAACAAGAGAAAACCAGAUGAGCACUGAACUUUACCAGUGAAAGCUGUGAUUCUCUUCUUUUGCUUAAACUGUAUUAUAACCGACUGGACUUUGUCUUUUUCUCUCACCAGAUUUCUUCAAGGUGAAGAAAAGGAAGCAGCUGCAUCACAAAGGACUGUCCCGGCAGUAGGAAAGUAAACCUACAACCAGCAGAGGAUCAUUUGGUGGUCCAUAGCCCUCCUGAUGUCACCUCAUAUAGAUAUGGUUCAUAUCAGAUGUAUAUAUGUAGCAUUUUCUAACUGACUGUACACAAGCUCGUGCAACACGGGCUUAAAAACUCUUCCAACAUCACAUACCUUUGUCUCUCAGCACAAGGAAGCUACAGCAGCCCUAGCUAACAAUGCUCAGAUGUCAGAAACGGUUUCUAUAGUGACUAUAUCUUUAUAUCUACUCUGUAUAUGCUAUAUACUGUUAUCCUCAGCUUUUGACUAUACUGUGAAAUCAUUUUGAAUGCACUCUUAAUACCAGAGAACAGGCUCUAGUUUUAAGAGGUUAAUUUUCUUUCGUACAGACCUUGGAUAGUAUUUGACCUCAGCCUCUGAUCUUUGGUCUCCCUCAUGCUAAAACUCAUUAGAGGUUUUUCUAGAUAAGAUGAGUUACUAUUCCCGGCCUCACAAAACACUUAGCCUUUAGUCUCACACCACGACUCGGAAAGCACGAGUCAAGCCAGGGGUCAAAACCUCACCCAGGGCUCAAAAUUUGGCAGCGUGACUGUGAUUAGCACCAGGUUAAAGGUCAACGGUGGAGGCUCAGCAGCGAGGUGUUGUGUCCGUGUUUGAUAGUGACGUAAAUACUGAGUGAUGAUAAUAAUAAUGGUGUUUCUUAUGUGAGUAUUUAUUUAUUAUUCACGGUGCUAGAUCACCGUCAAAAAAAAAAAAAAAAUAGACAAGCAAUGCGCAAAACGAGGUAAUAUAAGGUGUUUGUGAAAACCUGUGCCAUUGCCCCUUCAUUAUGCGUUAGACUAAAAGUCAUUAUGGCUUAUACUCACUCCACCGUUGCCACUCAAAAAUAAUGACCAUAAAUAUUGAACAUCAUUUAACAUAGCAAAAAAAAAACUGUUCCAACUUUUUUUCCAUUUUUGCUUUGUAUUAUUUGCAUAAUGGGGUUGUAAACAUCUCUAUGUUGUCUAGGCAACAGACCAGAACAUACCUUAUUUAGCUGUAUGUUUUUAUAUUUGCUUGUAAUAAUGUAGCAUUUCCAUCCUUUUUCCCCUCAUAUCCUGUCAUCUUUCCUUCAUGAAGGGAAUCUUUCUCUCUGCUGCAGCUCAGCAGAAUAAAGCCGUUUGGUUUUACUGUUGCUAAUUUGAUUUUUUUUUUUUUUAAUGAAGAGUGGAGCUGCUUCACACUGUUUCUGUCGCUGUGCAGUCCUUAUAAGUGUUUGCAUUAUGUAUGCAUAGAAGUGUUUUUGUAUGAAUGGUUUGUUUAUUUUUUGCCUUUUAUCGCAAGUUGUAAAAGUUGCGGCAGUUGAACCAAAGGAAAAUUGCUGUGCCGUUCGAUUAGACACACAAUAAUAAUACAAGUGCCUCAUUGUCUGAGUUAUCAGAUGAGGGUCAUAAAAGUCUGAAGCAUGCUCAGGUCUUCAAAUCCAAGAUUUAUCAUACUGAUAAAGCGACAGCUCAGCGGUUCAAAUAGAGCAUGAAUACCUACUUUAUCCUACCUACAGUGAUUCUAACUUUUGAAUGGAUUAAAGCCAUAAUCUACGUUAAUCCAUCCUUACUACCUCAUUGUGUAAAAGUAAUAAAUGAUAGAAAAAGAUUUUUUUUAAAAAAGAAAAAGAAAUGUAGCUCAGGUUUGUGUCUGCAAAUGAAAGAGAGGCAGAAAGACUGAAAAAAAGGGGCAAAGAUAUUCUUCUGUUGUGGUAAAAACUGUCGAGGCUCAGCGCUCUGUGUCGAGUUUCCCAUCAGGUAAAAGAGUCAGUGUGUCAGAGCAGAGGAAACUCCAGUCCCAAGAGGGCUGGGUGGGGGGCUUUUGUUGUUUAUCCCCUUCCCUCUCUUUGCUUUCCCAGAAGUAGGCAGAGCGAGGGAACAGAGGGAGAGGGGGGAGGAUGAGGACAAGGGAGAAACUUUUAUUAGUGAACGCUGAAGAGCAAAUGUCUCAGAGCUCCUCUGGAUCAAAGGAUUCUCCAGCCAGACGAGCGGCCCGUGAUUCAGACAUGCUUUUGUCUGCCCCCUUGAAAGUCUCUCAGCCUCUCUUUCAUGAACAAGCCGCCUCAGUCUGUGCGUAAAAUCGGCAUGAAAGCUGUUGUUCAUAAUCACGUUAACACAAUGUCGCUGUCUUAAAAAGGCAGACUUCAAAACAGCAAACAUGGCCGUUUGAAAUUGUCUCUACUUUGCUUGUUUGUCCACCUAUCCAUGUUUUUGUGUGUGUGUGUGUGCUAGUGUGCCUAUAUCUCUUCAGCCUGCUAAGAGGAAACUUUAAAAGUCUAUAUUAACUUAUUUUUACUUUAAGUCAUUUGUUGUGGGGAUAUAAUUAGAAAUUCCUCAUUAUUUGCUUUAAAUUACUAAUUUUUGUUAAAAUAUAUCUUUGCACUACUUUAAACAUUGUGGACAAGAGAACUAUUUUUGUAUGGUUAUCUAAAAAAAUAACUUACAAAAUUCUACAAAAAACUUUGACACAGACUUUAAAUUUCUUGACGUUUGAAAUCAUUCACCUCUCUUUUUACCUCCAGUUAGGCAUGCUGAGCAGUUUCUUCUAUCUGUUCACUGUUUUUUUUUACCGGUUUGUUAGUCAUCCUCAAGUUCACACAGAGGAAAUAAAACUAAAAUAAUAAAUGCCAAGAGUUUUCAGUGUGUGUCUCGCUGUUCCCAAGCAAACUUGGCUUUUUAGUUCAGCUGUCGCAGCUAUCUGAAAGUGUAGCGUUUGUUUAUGUACUUUGUAUAUGCAUGAAUGUACAAUAAUCUUUGUACACUGUUCUAAUUGUGUUGUAAUUUAAAGCUGGUAUAUGUAUCUGUGUAUUUCUAUUGGACCAGAAUUAUAUCCUUUUGGACAACAUUUGUAUAGAAAAUGUGUCUGGGUUGUUGGUGCACUGUUGCCUUUCAUUUUGCUGAUUUCAUAGAGUGCUCAAAAUAAAUGUUAAUAAGAUUGAUAUAAACCACAAAA